GUUUUUACUUUAGUAAGACAACCACAGUUAUUUCCGGUUUUAUUCUUACUCUCUCUUGGUGGUUUCAUACUAUUUAAGAAUGGAGGUGUGUGCUUGAAAAAUGUUAUGUUGAUACGGAGACUGAAAAGACACAUAUCCGAAAGGAAACACGAGGUUAGCGGCGGAAAAGGAGCACGCGUCGAGUCUCGCUCCCCCGGUGACUCCCAUGUCUCUUGUCGGGGUGGGUCUCACCCAAAAUACCCGUCAUUCUACAAUGGACUGUGGGAGAUCGGCUCAACUCGGAAAAUCCUCUUGCAGCUGUUUAGAGAGCCGAAGAUAGGACCAAGACAUCGGACCGAGUCAACGGUGGCCUGUCCGCUUUUGUCCUGCGCUUCUCGGCCCGGUGUCUGUCAGUCUGCCGUGCACAGUGCGUAAAUGCGGUCGGAAUAGGGAAGACAGGCCUCCGAGGAGCACUUUAAAUGUUGAAAUUCAGUCUUUGUUCGACAUUGUGGUAGUGAAUCGAUUUCUUCAUAGUUCCGCUGAGCGGAUGGAGUGAAUUGUGCAAAAGGGGAGAGAGACAGACCGCAGUUUGGUUGCGUGUGAUGAUAGGAGACACAAUGACGCUCUUGUCUCUUCUGGGUCGGAUCAUGCGUUAUUUUCUCCUCAGGCCGGAGACAUUGUUUCUGUUGUGCAUAAGCCUGGCGCUGUGGAGUUAUUUCUUCCACACGGACGAGGUGAAAACCAUCGUCAAGUCCAGCCGGGACGCCGUGAAGAUGGUGAAGGGGAAAGUGGCGGAGAUGAUGCAGAAUGACCGGCUGGGAGGCCUCAGUGUCCUGGACGCAGAGUUCUCCAAAACCUGGGAGUUCAAGAAUAACAACGUAGCCGUGUACUCCAUACAGGGGAGGCGAGAUCACAUGGAGGACCGGUUCGAGGUGCUCACCGACAUCACCAACAAGAGCCACCCGUCCAUAUUCGGGAUAUUUGACGGUCACGGUGGAGAGGCUGCAGCUGACUAUGUGAAGGCCCACCUGCCAGACUCCUUGAAGCAGCAGCUGCAGGCCUUUGAGAGAGAGAAAAGAGAGAGCGCUCUCUCUCAUGGCAGCAUCCUCGAGCAGCGCAUCCUGACUGUGGAUCGUGAGAUGCUGGACAAGCUCUCUGCCAACCACGAUGAAGCAGGAACGACAUGUCUAGUGGCGCUGCUGUCAGACAGAGAACUCACAGUGGCAAAUGUUGGAGACUCCCGUGGUGUGUUGUGUGACAAAGAUGGGAACGCUGUUGCACUAUCACACGACCACAAGCCGUACCAGCUGAAAGAGCGCAAGAGGAUCAAGAGGGCAGGAGGUUUCAUCAGUUUUAAUGGAUCCUGGAGAGUCCAGGGAAUCCUGGCUAUGUCCCGCUCUCUAGGGGACUACCCGCUAAAGAACCUCAACGUAGUCAUCCCCGACCCCGAUAUCAUGACCUUUGACAUGGACAAGCUGCAGCCAGAGUUCAUGAUCCUGGCAUCAGAUGGCCUGUGGGACGCUUUCAGCAACGAGGAGGCCGUUCGGUUCGUCCGCGAGCGUCUGGACGAGCCUCACUUCGGCGCCAAGAGCAUCGUCCUCCAGUCUUUCUACCGUGGUUGCCCCGACAACAUCACCGUCAUGGUGGUGAAGUUCAAAAGUGGAGCUGGGGGGAGCAGCAAGGCGGGGGAGUAGGUCAGGAGGGAAGUUUAGAGCUCACAUUGUGAUCAAUGUUCUCAAUGAUUUUCCACAUCUUCUGGAUGGAGCAGUGAGUGUGAUGUCACAGGAGGGCUGGAGAAAUAUGGACACUGAGAACUGUACAAGUACACACACACACACACACACACACAAAAAUAAUUAUUUAAUGUUUUUGUUUUGUUAAGGGCAUUUAUUCACGAUUCAGAUCUGCCAACGUAUUGAUGAAUACAUAAAAAAUCCUAAAGUUCUCCAUUAGUGGAGAUGCAUAAACACAGGCAGACACCAGACAGGGGAUUUUCUCUUAACCAGCGCACAUUAGACUGUGAUUGAUCUACUACUGUUUACUGUACAUGAAUGGUACAGCUCCACUGGAAGCUUUUUUAGAGGAGGCUUCAACUAGUGCCUAUUCAAGAAUGACUUGUGCAACCACAGGAAGCUGCUUGCUGCAUUUUGAUGAUGUUCUCAAGUAAUGUAUGCGUCCGUUACAUGUUUGACCGGAAAAUGUUGUCAAAUAUAAAAAGACUCCAGUGGAUCAAUACCUUUAUUUAACUUGAAGUGAUGCUGCAACUAAAAUCUAACUUUUGAGUAUCAACCACUCACCGCCUGUAGACGUGAGAGGUAGCUGUUAACCAUUUGUAGCUUCAUCCUCUGGCUGCAGUCAGUCUGGAGCAGUGUCCCAGUGGGGAAAAUGAAAAAGGUUUCAAAUGUAAUUAUUAAUUCAUCACUUAAAGAUGUAUUAAGGAAACAAAAUGAGUAAUUGGCAAAUUUACAUUAUUUAUUUUUUGAAAUGUAAUCCUCUAAUAACAGCUUCUGUGAUACAGUAAUUGUUUAGAAUUUAACACUGACAAAGUUAAUCCAUGGAUGUAAGCAUGCAUGAAGGUUGAACCAAUGAUUGAGCUGGAGGUGGCUUCGUCAUGCCACUUUUGUCAUUGAAGGCUGAAACUGCACAAUUUGACCUCCACUUUAUAAGUGCGCAGAAGGUUUGUGAUACUCAGAAGAUAGAUUUUGAGAAAAAAAUAUUACUCUAACAUACAACACACACACACACACACACAAUCAGUUAUGUAAAAAAAACUGCACUUUUCAGAUGUUUAUUUUUUGCAAUGGUAAAUUCUUACAUAUCAGCCAAUGUAAACACUGUAUAUCCUCAGUAAUACAAGAGGGGUUUAAUGUAUGUAGAACCUGAUUUAGUUCCUGACCAUCACCUCAUGGUACUGCAAUUUUAUGGAGCUAAUGUAAACUGUUCCGUCAAAGAUAUGUUACACCGUCUGUAUCAGGGCAUGUGCUUUGGCUUAUCCAUGUUCAUGAACAAAGUACAUACAGUUUGUAUCCGUGGCUGCCUUUGAUCUGGAAAACGCACGAAACAGGAGGUGCAACUGACUUCCACACCUCUGCUGCCAUGAGAAACUGACUAAAAGGUGACGCAUCAUGAACUGUACAGCCGGAAUGCUAGUAGCUAGUAAAAUGAUAUGCUCAUGAAGCAAUACAACAACAACCUGUCAAGGAAGGUUACAGUAAACCAUACCUGAUUUGCUACUGUUUUAUGUUCAACUAUGCUUUACUACUGUGUUUCAUGACCUUUGCAUCAUUUGAGAGAAGCCUUUUUUUUUUUAAGUUUACCUAAUGCCUUAUUUAUUGUUGAGUUUAUUUUUUUUUUUUGUCCUUCUGUACAUGAGCAGAAGUUUACAAUAAAUUCCUCAUCACUUUAUUUUGAGAAGCAGUCAAUGAUUCACACAUGUUGAGCUGAUGCUCAGUGUAAAAAGAAAAAAACAGUGUAAAUAAAUGCUGUAUGUAAACUAUCAGUAUUAAAGAAACUCUUUCAUCUUAAA